AUGAAGCUGAAGGAGGUCAAGGAGAAGAAGGACAAGAAAGACAAGAAAGACAAGAAGGAAAAGAAGGAGAAAAAAGAGAAGAAGGAAAAGAAAGAGAAGAGAUCUCGCAAGGCCGAUUCUUCAGACUCGGAAGAAGAAGAGGUCAAGCCCGGCUUCAAGAAGGCCCGUCUCGACUCUUCCAACACUCCCUCCCCUGCGGAGACCCCCCGCGACUCCACCCCUGAGGCUGGUGCAGCUAAGGAGGCAGAGGAUGUAGUUCCUGAAAACCUGAGAUUGAGCACCUACAGGAUUUCGCCCCCCACCGUCGCUGCUCUCGCCGCCCGCGGCAUCAAUGCUCUGUUCCCUAUUCAGGCAGAGACCUUCGAUCAUAUCUACAACGGAAACGAUGUCCUUGGACGGGCUAGGACCGGUACCGGAAAGACCCUCGCCUUUGCUCUGCCCAUGGUUGAGAUGCUGCUUAAGAAUCAUGUCAGCGCGGACCGCGGUCGUGCUCCCCGUGUUCUCGUCCUCGCCCCUACUCGUGAUUUGGCUAUUCAGGUCGCAAACGAAUUCACCACUAUUGCACCCAACUUGAAAACAAUCUGCGCCUAUGGUGGUACUCCUAUGCACGAGCAGACAUCAGCCCUUCGUUCCGGAGUAGACGUUGUCAUUGGAACACCUGGUCGCUGCUUGGAUCAUAUCAACCGCGGCAACUUGCGUCUGGACUCCCUUCUCUUCGUUUGCUUGGAUGAGGCCGAUCAAAUGCUGGAUAUUGGAUUUGCCGACGACAUGGAACAGGUCCUGCAGCACGUUCAGACGCAGAAGCAGAGCCGCGGUUCCUCUGCACCCAAGCAUCAGACCCUACUCUUCUCUGCAACAGCUCCCGAGUGGAUCAAACGCACGGUUGAGAAGUACCUCGACCCCAAGUACAUCAAUGUCGAUCUGGUUGGAAAUUCGCGUGUCAAGACUAACGAGAACAUUCGCCAUUACGCCAUUCCCUCAACCUGGCAGUCGCGCAAGGAUGUCAUUGGAGAUGUUGUUGCUGUCUAUGGCGGUAACCGCGGCCUGACAGUCAUUUUCGCCAACACCAAGGCCGAGGCAGAUGAGCUUGCGCUGACGGACAAGCUGAGGGCCGAUGCCAAGGUCCUCCACGGAGACAUUCCUCAGGCCCAGCGUGAGUUGACGCUUCAAGGAUUCCGUGAGGCCAAGGUCAAGUGCAUCAUCUGCACGGAUGUCUUGGCUCGUGGUAUCGAUAUCCCUAUGGUUGAUCUCGUCAUCAACUGCCAGCCUCCCAAGGAUGUCGAAACAUAUGUCCACCGCUCUGGUCGUACCGGUCGUGCUGGCCGCAAAGGUGUCUGUGUGACAUUCUUCAAGGCACAGGAAGAGUACAUGAUCCAGAACAUCCAGCGCCGAGCAGGCAUGGAGAUGGUCAAGGCCGGUCCUCCUCAGCCUCAGGAUAUCAUUGCCGCCACAGCACAGGAUGCAGCAGACAUUGUUGUCAAGGUCGUCAAGAAUGUCAUUCCCAUGUUCAGGCCCAUUGCCGAGUCCAUGAUUGCCGAGAACUUUGGGGGCGAUGCCACGGAAGCUCUGGCUGCUGCGUUGGCACAGAUUUCAGGAUAUGGAGCUGGAGUCCGUGCGCGCUCUCUCAUGUCUGCGACUGAGGGAUUCACCACGAUGAUCUUCCAGCUCUCGCAUGAGAUUCAGCAUGCUGGAUAUGUCCGCAAUAUUUUGAGCCGUAAUUUCCCCAAGCUGGGUUACGAGGACGUCAAGGGCAUGAGGAUGACCAAGGACAUGACGGGUGUCGUCUUUGACGUAGUCUCGGAGAAGCUUGAGGUCGACAGCAACAAUACGAUUUCCCUUGGUGGAAACAAAUGGACGGAUCUCGAUAACAUUACACUCGAGGUCGCCAAGACCCUGCCAGAGCUGGAACAGCGGAUGGACGAUCGCCGUGGAGGCAAUGGCGGCGGACGUGGCGGCUAUGGCGGUGGACGCGGAGGUGGAUUUGGGGGACGUGGAGGGUCCCGCGGCGGACGCGGUGGUAACGGAGGAGGGUUCCGUGGUGGACGGGGCGGCCGUCGCUAA